UUUCUUGGAUGAUUUGUACAGAGAUGGGAACAAUGGUGGCUGAGGCAAGGACUUGUGAGUCCCAAAGCCACAGAUUCAAGGGUCCAUGUGUAAGGAAGAGCAACUGUGCAGCUGUUUGUCAGACAGAGGGCUUUCAUGCCGGCCAUUGCCGGGGCAUCCGCCGCCGUUGCUUCUGCACCAAACACUGUUAAAAUCCAAUGUGAUCCAGUCUUUUCUUGGAUUGAUCCUGCGUAUAACAUCGGAGCUUAGUGCAUCAGGCUACCGUUUAUUAUUUUUUCUAGAGUGUUUCUGAGGAAUGAUGUGUUCCUUUCUUUUCGUUGUCAUAAAAUACGAAAAAAACCUCAAGUAUACUCAGGAACUGAUCUUUCUGAUUCUGAAAUUUGAUGGUUUUUUGUGUGUGAAUUGUUAUAAGCCAUUUUUGUUGGAAAUGUUUGUCCAUAUCGUAAAGUAACUUUUUUAAGA